GAAGUUCUUCCCUUCAGAAAAUGAGAGCGAAAAACCAAUUCACUCCCUUUCCUGUCCUGGAAAUAGCAAACAAACCCAGUAAGGUAAUUUAAAAUUUCACCUCCUUUCACAUGCUUGUACAACUGUAAAACCUUUUAAUGUCCAAGAAGAGACUCUUUUAAUGUUUCAUCAUCAAAACGACACACACUCUCUCUGUUCAACUUUCUUGUUUUUCACAUUGUCUGUCAAGCCUAGCUAGCUCUCAAGGCCAAGGGAGAUUCAUCUAUCCAAAAGUCUCCUCGAUCUCCAAGGCACAAUACUCUGGGUCUGUAAUAGCUGAAGCUAAUGGAGUUCUAUCAGUAUGUCUUUGAGGCGAUGAGGAUGAUUAUUGUGAUUAGUGCGGUAAUGGUGCAAUGGUUCGGUGUCAUAGCCAGUCUUAAGUGGAUAUGGAAGAAUUGGUUCAUUAUUGUGGUGAUUGUGACAUGGAACGUAAUAGCCACUCUUGGGUGGAUAUGGAAGCAUAGGUUCAGUUACAUGGUUGAAACCCCAGAGCCAAUAUCAGAGGAUAAUCAAGAACUGGUUGACGUCGUUGAAACCCCAGAGCCAAUAUCAGAGGGUAAUCAAGAACCGGUUGACGUCGAUGCCUCUACAUCUCUUCCUUCAUCAUCAGCUGAAACCCCAGAGCCAAUAUCAGAGGGUAAUCAAGAACCGGUUGACGUCGAUGCCUCUACAUCUCUUCCUUCAUCAUCAGCUCCUAGGUGGAAGCACGAUGUGUUUUUGAGUUUCAGGGGUGUAGACACUCGCAAAGGUAUUGCAGCCGAAAUAUACUAUCGACUGCAAAACAGGAAAGGAAUUAAAAUUUUCAUGGAUGACCCAGACCUUCAAGUAGGGAAUGUUAUUUCUCCCACUCUCCUAACAGCAAUUGAAGAAUCAAGGUUUGCAAUUAUUGUUCUCUCUCCAAACUAUGCCUCUUCCACUUGGUGUUUGGAGGAACUUAGAUACAUUUGUGAAUGCAUGAAAGAAGACGAGAACAGAAUUCUGCCACUUUUUUAUUAUGUGAAUCCUACUGAUGUACGAUAUCAGAAGAGCAAUUUCGGUGAUGCUUUCACUAAGCAUGAAAAUUCUGGGCGAUACGGAUCAGAGGAGAUGCGGCAGUGGAGAGCUGCUUUAAACAAAGUGGCAAAUUUCUCUGGAUGGGACACAAAGAAUUAUAAAACUGAAAGAGAACUUUUGGAUGCCAUUGAGGAAUCUGUGUGUGAUAAAUUACGAGCUACUGAACUUGAGCUUAAAAUGUCCAUCGGAGGUUUUGAAGCAUUUGAAGCAACAAAACAAGCCAUUGAUCAGGUCAUGAAUGCGCUGAAAGAUAAUGAGGCCACUACCAUUGGAGUCUACGGAAUGGGGGGCGUCGGGAAGACGACAAUGGUGAAUUAUGUCGGUGUACAAGCCCAAGAAAAUAGGCUUUUUGAUAAAGUGAUUUUGGCUGUCGUAUCCCAAAACCCCGACUUGAUGAAAAUUCAACAGACAUUUGCAGAAAUGCUGGGCUUUGAACUCAAGGAGAAGACAGAAACUGUAAGAGCCCGUGAAUUGAAGAAGAAAAUAAUGAGAGGAACCAGGAUCCUCAUAAUCUUGGAUGACAUUUGGAAGAGAAUAGAGUUUUCAGACAUUGGAAUUCCGAGCCACAACGAUCUUCAAAGAUGCAAUUCCAAAGUUCUACUGACCACCAGAAAAUUGGAUGUUUGCCGUUCCAUGGAUUGCCAUGCAAACAUACGUCUCAAUAUCUUAUCAGAAGAAGAUUCUCGGAGCUUAUUUGUGAAGGAAGCAAGGAAGUACCCUCUUGACAAAUCAUCCAAUUUCUAUGAUGUAGCGAGUGAGGUGGCUAGAGAAUGCGCUGGUCUUCCUAUUGCUUUGAUAGCAGUUGCGAGGGCCCUUCGAGGUGAAGGUUUGGACAGAUGGAAAGAAGCUGCUCGACGACUAAAAGCGUCUCAACCCCCCGUCCUUGAAGCUGAGGAAGAUGUGUUCAAAUGCAUAAAGUUAAGCUAUGAUUACUUGAAAUCUGAUGUUUCGAAAUCAUGCUUCUUGCUUUGCUGCCUGUUCCCAGAAGAUUAUGAUAUCCCAAUUGAAUACUUGCUCAAUUAUGGAAUUGGGAAAGGAAUGUUUCAAGAUUCCGACAUGCUAGACGCCCGCGCCACAACAAAUUCAGCGGUGAAGGCCCUUAAAGACUCUAGCUUGCUUUUGGACUCUAGACAUGACGUAUGUGUAAGGAUGCAUGAUGUCAUUCGGGAUAUGGCAAUAUUGAUAUCAUUAUCUGAAGACGGCCCGCGGUUCUUGGUGAAAGUUGGCUGUGAAUUGAAGAAUUGGCCAAGGAUUGAUGCACGUAAGGGCUACUCUGCAAUCUCACUACUGAAGAACAAAAUUUGCAAGCUACCCGAAGAGUUGGUAUGUUCAAAUCUCCAGAUUUUAUUACUGCAAGACAAUGCUUCAUUAAAUGAUAUCCCUAACUCUUUCUUCCAAAAUCAGAAAGAAUUAAGAGUCUUGGAUCUUAGCCGCACUGGUAUUUCAUUACUACCCCAAUCAAUCAGUUUCCUAACCAACCUUCAAGCUUUGUAUUUAGAUUACUGCAAGAACAUAAUUGACAUUUCUGUAAUCGGAAAACUUAACAAGCUUGAGAUUCUUAGUAUGAGAGGAAAUGCUCUGAAAGAAUUGCCAAGAGAAAUAGGACAGUUGACCAGUCUAAGGAUGCUGGAUAUCACUAGAGCUGAUAGAUUCCUUUUCACAUCCACGAAUGGAUGUAUUGGCACAAUUCCAUCUAAAGUGAUAUCAAAGUUGCAUAGAUUAGAAGAACUGUACAUGCAAUGUGGAUUUUGGGAGUGGGGGAGUAAAAUUGAUGGAGAAGGAGAAGAAACUAAUAUUGGCUUUGAUGAAUUAGUUGGUUUAUCAUAUUUAAGCAUUUUGAAAGUUUGGAUGUCAGAUGCAAAUUGCAUCCCUAUAAGUGUUGAGGUCGAACCGAAUUGGGUUUACUUUGAUAUUACUAUUUGCAGCAACAGUUAUUUCACUUCGAACAGUCAAUCUGGUCAUAAUUGUAGAUCGUUGAGUUUUAAUGGAACUGACACUACCAUAGGAAUCUGUCCGGACUGGUUUGUCAACGCUGUGGUAAAGAAUACUGAGAGGCUACUUUAUAGUUACUGCAAAGGGUUAAGUAACAUUCUUGUGGAAUAUGACCGUGGAAGGUUACAUGGAUUGAAAGUUCUCUCUGUAAUUGGUUGCCAUGAGAACUUGAAAGAAUUGAUGAAUGCAAUAACAUGUGUUCUAGAUAUGCCUGUGUUUGAGAAUUUGGAAGAGUUGUAUCUGGAAUACCUGGAUUACUUGAAGCAGUUAUGUGUUGGUGAGUUACCACCAGGAUCUCUCUGCAGUCUGAAAUUAUUGAAGGUCCUUAAGUGUCCUAUCUUGGGGAAUGUACUGUUGCCAUCUAAAUUGUUGCAGCAACUACCAAAUCUGGAAAAACUAAUCUGUGAGUCAAGUGAAGUGGAACAUGUGUUUGGAUGUGAAGGUUUUGAGCCAGAUCAAACAAAUCUGAGAGAGAUGGAUUUACGGUAUCUAGAUGUCGUAACAAGCAUAUGUAAUGGUCCUGCUCCACAUGGAAUGUUCCAGGCUCUAAAGAAAUUGGUCAUUCGUAAUUGCAACUUCCAGGGAAGCCUCUUCACAUUUGAUGUAGCUCAGUGUCUUUUUCAAUUGGAAGACCUUAUUGUAUCCGAAUGCCCUGUCUUGGAAAGAGUAAUUGAAGAAAGUAGGGAAACAUUGAACAACAAGAAGACCAUUCUUCCAAAAUUGAAGAACCUAGCUUUGGAAGAUCUUCCAAUGUUGUACAAGGGAAGUGCUACUAUUGAUUUUGAGUGUCCUUCAUUGGAAAAACUGAGUCUGUUUGGCUGCCCCCACUUGUCAUUUCCAUCCUCUGCUUCUGACUACUUCCACAGCAGGAACCAAGUCGUUUUCAAUGAUGCUCCUCGUCAUUCUCUGCUACUCAGCAAACUAGGGUAUAAGGGAUUCAAAAUAUCAAGUUGGUAGGGGAAUCAAAAUAUCAAGUUGGCUCAUGUAAUUGAAAGUAUUGAAGGGGUGUAGAUGGAGUCUCCUGGCAAGUCACUGAAGAGUCAUUGCUGGGAAGGUGGAGUCUAGGUUGUGCUCUCAGUGGAGGGUUACCCCCGCUCCCAAUGAGUUCGAUUCAUUGGCUCAUAAAAGGUGGCCCUAUCAGAAGGGAAUGGAUUCUUUCUUGAAAGUGACUCUGAUCUUGGAGCAUUCCCCCAAAAGAAUGGAAUGGGCCAUCUCAAAUUGAAAGGCAUUCUUACAACUAAAUCUAAAUCUGGGUUACCAUCAAUUGUACCCUAAUUGCUUUUGCUUCUGUGAGCAUCACCACUUGUGCUCUAUAUAUUCUGGGAACUCCUCGUAGUUCCACUUUCUACUGUGUUUGGAUCGUAACGCUGCUGAAUGCGAAAAGAAGCAAAAGGAAUGCUGAGGAUAAUGCAAAUUUUUUAUUUUUGCAGGAAUGAAAGCAAUAAUCAAUGUGUUUGAUCAUCUAGUUGAGGUCAUUUUGAUUGAGACAAGAACUAGAUGAACAAGGUUCAAUGAAAAACUAGAAAUAAAUAGAGAGUAAAGGCUUCAACCCAAAGACUUUGCAUGAAGAAAAACAGUAAGAGAGUAACGUCUGUUGCUUCACAGAAAGACUGCAAGGGUGGGAGAGGUAGAAAGUGAGGGGCUUCUUUGCUUCGCACGAAGAGAGAUAAAGAGAGAGAGGGGGAACGAGUUCUGGUUGGAAUUCAAAUAGGGAACCGAAGCUUCCAGUAUCGACGACUCUCGAGCCAAUCACUCGGGAUUUGUCCUCAGCCAUCCGAAUUUCUGCUAGGGAUUUCAUCGUUCUUGAACUUUGGGCGAAGCCCCUGCGCCACAGAAGCCGAAGAAAGAACCUACCAAUGACGAAAAGACAAGGAUGAAAAUAGUGGCCGGAAGCUUGAUGAAAGUAGUGAUCAGACCUGGUGGAGGUGAUUCAACACCUUAAGGUGGUGAUCAGGUUGGGCUUACAUUACGCUUUAUGAAGCCAGUAUAGCAAUUGAACUGUGUAUAAAAGCAAAUGGUGGAAGCUAGAGUGCUGUGCGUUUAGUAAUGGGGAAUAUAUAAAAGCUGGUUUGAUUGAGCUGGAGCAUUGGAGCUAUAAAACAACAGAUGAGUAUGCAGGUUCAGCUUGGGAUGAACUCAAGCAUACUUGGCAAGCCAUUGGAUCCCUGGUAACAUGGAAAACCCAAAAAGACACUUGAAGAAAUAAGCCAUGAGCUGUGUCCAAUAGGGUAAAAUCUACGUGAUUGCUGCCAAGAAGUCUUCAGCAAAGGUGGUGAGUACGAAUAGAUUCAGCGGCUUCAACGCAUUCUCGAAAAGCACUACAAAAUGGUUGAAAUGAAACUUCAGGCUCAACAAAAGGAAAGUAUUCUGUUAUGUUGAUGAACUGGCGCAGAGCCAGAACAGGAGGUGGUGUCCAAGCUGCAUGUUCCGUAUCAAAAAGUCGGUUGGUUGCUCCUACAUGAAGUGCAGGCGAGGAUAUGCAUUCUGUUACAAUUGUGAGAGUACAAGUUGUCACUUGUACAGCUACCUGUGGAAGCUGUCAUAAGAUGCACAGAUAGUCAGCUGAAGUAUGAAA